AGGUGAACCAAUGAAAGAAGAAAAUGAAAGGCAUUAAGAAAAGUCUUACAGAAGAAUAUCUCUAUCUGGACUUUUCUCAUCAAAGAGAAGGAUGCAUCUUUCCUCUGCAUACAUCUGUAACUGUGUUUUUGUUGUCAUACUGUGAUUGCAGAAUCUUUAAAGUUUGCUUAGUCUUCACCAAAGAAAGUACAGACAUUUCACUAAUAAGAAAUGUACUGCCCCAAGAUAUUGAAAUACAGAUUAUUUCAAGAGAAGUGCUUCCGUCUAUAGUCCAGAAUUGUUGUUUGCCUGCAGCAGUGGAAAGAACAGGCAAUUUUUGUAGAGCGGGACUUGCUGUUGUGCUAAGACACAUCAUUCAGAAAUCGUAUGAAGCUGAUCCCUCAAAGAAGGAAAUUUUGAAACUACUGGGUUUUAAAAAGACUUGCUUGAAAGCCUGUGCUGAAGUUAGUCAUUGGACCAGGCUCUGUGAACUUACCAUCCCUUUGGCUAUUGAGAAUUUUCUAAGAGAGUCUUUUGAAGAGCCCUCAACUAUCCCUGUAGAAAUACUACAGCUAGAGGAAAAACUUGGUGAGCCUGUUAGAGUGCACAAUGAUGACAAACUCCGUAGGCAGAAGCUGAAGCAACAGAAGGGUGCUAAAGUUGGACUUUCUCUUGCUAAGAACAAAACAAAGAGCAAGGUCUAUAAUCUGGAAACAUCUGAAGAGUUGGACUUUCCAUCCAAGAGCCUGGAACUGGAAGUGGCAUUCUCAAAGCUAACAGCACAGGAAGAACCAGCCACUACCAACAGGGAGCCUUCUCAUAUCAGAAAAGCAAAAGCCUCUGACCUUCCACCUCUGGAACAUGUGUUUGCAGAAGGGCUUUACUUUACACUGGCAGAUAUCGUGCUCUUGCCCUGUGUCCAUCAUUUUUUGGUAAUUAUCUGUAAGAAACUUCCUGAAAAGCUGAUAGAAUUUCCAUUGCUAGCAUCUUGGUACCAGAGGAUCCAGGAAGUGCCAAAAGUAAAAACAGCUGCUUUUAAGUGUGGAAUUCAAUUUCUUGAUUUACCAGAGUUGCUGACCACAUCACAUGAACAGCAUACCCUUCUAAGUGAGGUGCCAGGUAUAGAGGAGCAAAAUGAUUCUUCAUUUAUAGGCGGACCAAGGCCAACUAUGACCAAGUUAAUGGAAAAAGGCAUUGAAGUGAUGUUUUCUCCCCAUCCAUGCCCUACCUGGACCCUUGAUUGGAAUUGUCUUCCUGCAGCUGUGAGCCCAAAGGAAGGUAAAAUGUCCAGUGAUCGAGCGCUGAGGAAGCAGCAGCAGUUAAACAACCUUGUUUAUGUGGUGACAAAUCAAGCCAGACCUGGUGACAGAAUUGUGGAUUUCUGCAGCGGCGGGGGCCAUGUUGGAAUUGUGCUUGCUCACAUGCUGCCAUCAUGCCAGGUUACAUUAAUAGAAAACAAGGAAUUAUCUUUAGUUCGUGCUAAGAAGAGAAGUGAUGAACUAGGUCUAAGCAACAUUUGGUUCAUUCAAGCCAAUAUGGAAUAUUUUACAGGAAUGUUUAAUAUUGGGGUGGCGUUGCAUGCUUGUGGAGUGGCAACAGACAUGGUGAUUGAGCACUGCAUCAAAGUGCGGGCUUCCUUUGUCACAUGCCCUUGCUGUUACGGUUUCAUUCAGAAUACCUCAAAGUUUAAUUUUCCAAAAAGUGAACAAUUCAAAGGAACUCUAUCAUACAAGGAACAUAUGAUUCUGUGCAGAUUUGCAGAUCAGACAGCUGUCCAGCUCCCACCCCAACGCAGGCUAAUAGGAAAACAGUGCAUGUGCCUAGUGGAUCUGGAUCGAGCACGAGCUGCAGAAGAACGUGGUUACUCCGUCCAAGUGAUAUCCAUGGAGCCAGAGAGCUGCUCUCCCAAAAAUAACAUGAUCGUGGGAGUCCCCAUUUAGAACAAGAUAUUCACAUUUGAUGUCUUGCCAACCAUCUUCAUGAUGACAGCCCAUGGCAUUCAGGAGGUUCCUGGGAUAACUAGAAAACAGUAUUAGCCAACUUGAACCUCUUAUACUCAGAAAAGAAAGCAGUGGGAAAAUCUUGAAAGAAAGGCUGUCUGCUAAACAUCACAAA